CAAAAUGUCGGUUCAAAUGUCAUAAUUCAAUAUUUUUUUUUUAUUGAAAGCAGUGUGACAGAUGCAAAGAACUUUUACUGCAAGGAAAUCUGAAUCAAAUUUUGGUUAAUGGUAUUUACCUCUAUCUCUACAAAUAUUUCAACUCAAACUUGUUUCAACUCAAACUGUUAAAUUUUAAAAAGGAAUCUGGGAUUGGGAAUAUUGGAGAGUGCCGAACCCUGACCAGUGCUGAUAGCUAACCUAUAAAAGGAGGAUUUCUACACUGAAAAUUAAGGAGUAAUUUUUAUCUGACACCAUUGUGCUCUUCAAAAUGGCAUCCACCCAAAACAAGAGGCCAAAAUUUAACAGCGACAACACAAGCCAAGAAAGAUCAAGACCUGACUCUGAAAAUAGAGAAUCGACAGAAACUGCAGCAUCCCGAAUAUCUCCGGGAAUUAUGCCAGGCCAUUCAAGUCCUUCAUCAUUACAGAGAAGCUAUUCAGGUCAGUCAUCCUUAACUGAUCAUGGUGCAUUUACAACAGGCUCACCUAAUCUGUUACCAGAGAACUUGAGUGACUGGAGAAGAAGAAAUGUAGAGUAUCUCAACAUUAGAAUUGUUUUUGAGCCUGAGACAACACCAUUUGAUUUAUUGACUGAAAAAUGUUGGAGUGGAAGGAGAAAAGGAAUGGGUUUUCCUGUGAACUUCUCUGUUUUUGAAGCUGAAGAAAAACACUAUCGAGAUGCAGAGGAAGACCUCAAAAUAAAGAAGUUGGUGGAUCUUGUGAAAAGUAGUGGGUUUUUGAAAGUGAUUGAAGAGCUUAAUUACUCCUCAUUUGAAGAAUUCAACCUAACUACACUAAAGAGACUGAAGACUUUCACCAAACAGUCAUACAUUCCUAAAUAUUUACCUGGAGAAUUUGAUGCAUGGUUUCGAAGAUUUGAUGUUGAGGUGAAAAAUUUCUUUAACAUUUUAUCAAGACUGGUUGAGAAUGUGAUAAAAGAAGAAUCAAACCAUAAAUAUUUGUUCCAACAUCUGUUUGAUGCCUUUGUGAAGAUAUUUGGAAUGCAUAGUGGAGUGAGUUUUGAACCAAUUCUAGAUGUCCAGACACUAGGAAUUGGAGAAUCAGAAGUGAAGGGCUCCCCAGACAUAGUAUUUCAUCACCACAGAAUCAGAGAGGGGGAAGGGAUUAGGCUGGACAAGUAUGUGGUCGCUGUUUGUGAGGUGGAGAAAGAUAAACCUUUGCCAGCGGAAAAUAUCUCACCACCACCAAGUAAUAAAACAGGAAACAACAGUGAUUCACCUGAGGUGCCGUCCUCCAGUACCCAAGACAGAGACUUACAUCAUGACGUCCUACAGCUGUCAGACAACCUGAUUGGGAAGCACUGUGGAGAGCUCUUGUUAAAAUUUGGAGAAUCAAUCCAUUGCAAUUCAGUGUUUGGUAUUGUUGUCCAACAAACAUAUGUUACAAUUGCAGAACUGGGAAUGACAGAUAUCCAGUAUCUUAAAUUAAAAGAAGGCAGAUUCAAGCAUUCUAAAAGAGAAAGGCCUUCAUUCACAUUUACCAAGCCUUACAACUUUCUGAAAAAGGAAGGAUUGGAGAGGUUACUAGAGCCUCUCAUAAAGUUUGGACUUGAACAGGAGGAAUAACUUUCUGAUAAUGAAAUAUUUUAUUCACUUGUUCAUUAUCUUGGGCUGCAAGCCUGUGUUUUAUUCGUUCCAAUGCUUAAGUCUGUUGGAGGAAGGCAAUGGUUUGCUUUCUCAAAUAAAAAAAAGGACUUUUAUAAUUCAGCAUAUUUAUUCCUGGUUAUUGUAAGAGAGUUUUAAUUACAAACUCAUCAACUUUAUUGUCCUACAUUGACAUAUUUUGGUAUUUAUGGAUCUUUUGUCCACCAGACUUGUUCAGUGGGCCACACUAAAACAAGUGUCCUAGGCAUCAGAAACUUACAGGGUUAUCUCCCUUUUCAGUUUAAUUUCUUUGAGGAUGUAAUACUCUUUGUGAAUGUUACUAAACUCAGAAUAAUAAAAAGAACCUGG